CUGGCUGAGCCUGUCACUCCCGGGCCGUUUCCCUGAGGCCGGCGCUCUGCUGGGGGCGGGAGGAAGAGGGGCCGGACUGGGGCCUGACGAGCCGUAGCUGCCGCCGCCGUCUUGGAGGCUGCUAUGACCAGCGGGCGAGGCGCUCUCCGCAGCUCCGCGCGGCCCUAGUCGCGGCAGUGCGGCCGCCGUAGCCGUCUGGGUCCCCAGCGCGGCCGCUCCCGCCGCUCCCUCUGCCCUUCCAGCGCCGCCUGCGAGGCGAGGCGAGGCGAGGCGGAGGCAGGAUGAAGAUGACGGUGGAUUUCGAGGAGUGUCUGAAGGACUCACCCCGCUUCAGAGCUGCUUUGGAAGAAGUAGAAGGAGAUGUGGCAGAAUUGGAACUAAAACUUGAUAAGCUUGUGAAGCUUUGUAUUGCGAUGAUUGAUACCGGAAAAGCCUUUUGUGUUGCAAAUAAACAGUUUAUGAAUGGGAUUCGAGACCUGGCACAGUAUUCUAGUAAUGAUGCUGUAGUUGAGACCAGUUUGACCAAGUUUUCUGACAGUCUUCAAGAAAUGAUAAAUUUUCACACGAUCCUAUUUGACCAAACUCAGAGAUCAAUUAAGGCACAGCUUCAGAACUUUGUUAAAGAAGAUCUUAGAAAAUUCAAAGAUGCCAAGAAGCAAUUUGAAAAAGUCAGUGAAGAAAAAGAAAAUGCAUUAGUAAAAAAUGCUCAAGUACAAAGAAACAAACAGCAUGAAGUUGAAGAAGCCACAAACAUUUUGACAGCAACAAGAAAAUGUUUUCGACACAUAGCCCUGGACUACGUACUUCAGAUUAAUGUCCUUCAAUCAAAAAGGAGAUCAGAAAUCCUAAAAUCAAUGUUAUCCUUCAUGUAUGCCCAUUUGGCCUUUUUUCAUCAAGGAUAUGAUCUGUUUAGUGAACUUGGACCCUACAUGAAGGAUCUUGGUGCACAGUUGGAUCGACUGGUUGUGGAUGCAGCAAAGGAGAAAAGAGAGAUGGAGCAAAAACAUUCCACCAUUCAGCAAAAGGAUUUCUCCAGUGAUGAUUCUAAGUUAGAAUAUAAUGUAGAUGCUGCAAAUGGCAUUGUUAUGGAAGGAUAUCUGUUCAAACGAGCCAGCAAUGCCUUCAAAACUUGGAACAGGAAAAAGCCCGAUCAUAUCAGACGCUGGUUUUCAAUACAGAACAAUCAGUUGGUUUACCAGAAAAAGUUUAAGGAUAACCCUACUGUGGUAGUGGAAGACCUAAGGCUCUGCACAGUGAAACAUUGUGAAGACAUAGAACGACGAUUCUGCUUUGAGGUGGUCUCUCCAACAAAAAGUUGUAUGCUUCAGGCAGAUUCUGAAAAGCUGCGCCAGGCAUGGAUUAAAGCUGUUCAGACCAGUAUUGCUACUGCUUAUAGAGAGAAAGGUGAUGAAUCAGAGAAGCUGGAUAAGAAAUCAUCUCCAUCCACAGGAAGCCUGGAUUCUGGAAGUGAGUCAAAAGAUAAAUUAUUGAAAGGAGAAAGUGCGCUGCAGCGAGUCCAGUGUAUCCCUGGCAAUGCCAGCUGUUGUGACUGUGGUCUGGCGGACCCACGGUGGGCCAGCAUCAACCUGGGCAUCACCCUGUGUAUCGAGUGUUCUGGGAUUCACCGGAGUCUUGGAGUUCAUUUUUCAAAAGUACGUUCUUUAACAUUAGACACCUGGGAGCCUGAACUUUUAAAGCUUAUGUGUGAGUUGGGGAAUGAUGUUAUAAAUCGAGUUUAUGAAGCUAACGUGGAAAAAAUGGGAAUAAAGAAACCACAACCAGGACAAAGACAGGAGAAAGAGGCAUAUAUCAGAGCAAAAUAUGUGGAGAGGAAAUUUGUGGAUAAAUAUUCUAUAUCAUCAUCACCUCCUGAGCAGGAAAAAAAGAUUAUCUCCAAAAGUUGCGAAGAAAAGAGGCUGAGCAUUUCUAAACUUGGGCCAGGUGACCAAAUCAGAGCAUCUCCCCAAAGUUCAGUCAAAAGUAAUGACAGUGGAAUCCAGCAGAGCUCUGAUGAUGGAAGAGAAUCUUUACCCUCCACAGUGUCAGCCAAUAGUUUAUAUGAGCCUGAGGGAGAAAGGCAAGACUCCUCUGUGUUUCUCGACUCUAAACAUCUUAAUCCAGGACUCCAGCUUUAUAGGGCUUCAUAUGAAAAAAAUCUUCCUAAAAUGGCUGAGGCUUUGGCUCAUGGUGCAGAUGUGAACUGGGCUAAUUCAGAUGAAAACAAAGCAACACCACUUAUUCAGGCUGUAUUAGGGGGCUCUUUGGUGACAUGCGAGUUUCUCCUACAGAAUGGUGCUAACGUGAACCAAAGAGAUGUGCAAGGGCGGGGACCACUGCACCAUGCCACCGUCUUAGGGCACACUGGGCAGGUAUGUUUGUUCCUAAAACGAGGUGCCAAUCAACAUGCCACUGAUGAAGAAGGGAAAGACCCUUUGAGUAUAGCUGUGGAAGCAGCCAACGCUGAUAUAGUGACCUUGUUACGUUUAGCAAGAAUGAAUGAAGAGAUGCGGGAAUCAGAAGGACUUUAUGGACAGCCAGGUGAUGAAACUUACCAGGACAUUUUUCGUGAUUUUUCCCAAAUGGCCUCCAAUAAUCCAGAGAAACUAAAUCGUUUCCAGCAAGAUUCACAGAAAUUCUGAAUUUUUUAAGAAGGAAAAAAUAUUAAGUCUGGUGACCCCCUAAUGUGUACAUCUGAAAAUUCACAGAUUUUUACUGCUUUACUUCUGCUUCUUAAUUUUAGUAGAUGUUGAAUGGUUUAGAAAAAGGUACCCAUUCAUUGAUAUUUUUAUAAACUAAAACAUUGAUCUCUAGUAGUUGGGAGAGACUUCUUUUAUUAAAAAAAAAAGCCUGUUUAAAGGGCUGUUUUUUUAGGUUACAAGAUGCUAGGAGUUUAGACAAAACCUCUUUUUUUGCCAGUGGAUGGUAGCAUUGAUUUUUUUCUAUGCAUCGUGCCAGGAUGCACGUGCCAGUCAAGCAUAUCUGCAUCAAGUGGGAGGCGACUGUCCUGCCUGCUCGAGAAUUAUGUCUUUUCUUUAGCUUCCCUAAUGAUUUUUGGUGGUUCAGAAAUUGUUUUUUGCUUUUUGGUAGCCUAGCUGUCAUACACACAAUAUUAUUUAAUUAUUAGAACUAGAGACUAUGUUUCUCCCAUUUGCUCAUAAAUGCAGUUAUACUCCUUAGAUGUCUGGUUAUUGUCCAGUACUUUAACAGGCAUAUAAUGGCUCUACAGGUAGACAUAACUUAGUCCUUUAGGUUUAUUCCAGUUUAUAAAGCAAAAAGAAGCCCUUAAUGUUUUUUUAAUCACCAAAAGAAUCUCAGUUAUAGAAGUGUAGUUCUUCAUUGUUGGGCUGAUUUCCUUAAAACCUUGACAAAUUUAUUGAUGUAAUAAAACUCUGUUUCAGAGGUUAUUUGAAUGUUGCAAAAUUAUGCUUUCAUCAGAUUGUAACUUUCAAAGGAAAAGUUGAUUUAUAAAAUAAUGUAGAACAUUUUUAUAUUUGAAAUUUGUUCUUUUCAAGAUACAUUUUUGCUAUUGCUCCUAGUUGAGAGAAAAAUCUCUCUAAAAGGAGGAAAAAAACUCAUGUUUUUCUUGGUUUAAACUAAAAUAUACAGCAGUAAGUUGCUUUUUAACUUUUCCAACAUCUGUCCUGUGUACUUGUACACAGUGUACAUUCUUUUAAAUUAUAGCAUCUAUAUAGCUUUAAUAUUUGCUUACAUGAAUCACAGACCUUUGAAUUCCAAAAUAUUGUGGUAUACUAAUUUAUAUGUACAUGUUACAAGUUAGUCUGAUUACAUCUUUGAUUGACAUAUCUUGUUAGGAGUAUAAAAUAAUUAAGUAAUUGGCCUUAUGGUUUCUUUCUAAAAUUGUCAACAAUUAAGUUUAAUCUUCUUUUAUAAGUUACAUGUAAGUAAUAUUAUUGGCACUCAGUUUCUAAAUAAGAGAAGUUUUUAAACUUGAGUUAUCAAGUAAGUGGAGAAAUUAUAUUUAAUUGGGUAGAUGAUAAAUUUUAUAACAUUUCCCCUCCAGUAACUAGAGUUUUAUAAGUUGAUUAAAUGUCAAAACAGAUCUAUCUAAAUAGGAGUAUAUUAUACGGAAAUAAAUUCACAUCACAGAAAAAUCUUCCAUAUUUGUGUGUCCACAUUGCAUGCAUAUAAUGCUUAUUUAGUAAUAAUCACUGUAUACUAGAUAAGGAUAAAAUAUAUUUGUGAAUUAUUUCUAAGAAAAGGCCAACUUCCAAAGCCUUGUAUUUUAAUUACAAUAAUAACAGGAACAUUGAAUCUUUCCUAUUUCACCUCAGAGUCACGGAUCAUCCGGCUUUGCAACAGUCUGAUUUGUAACAUUUUUGUUAGAGUGUACUUUGAAAUUAAUUGUCCGAAAAACUCAAGGAUAAGAAAAUAUGUCGAAAACGAACAAAUAGAAAGAGAAAAGAAA